GUUGGCAGCCUCGGUGGUUUGUUUUAGACAAUGGGAUAUUAUCAUACUAUGAUUCACAGGAUGAUGUUUGCAAAGGCAGCAAAGGAAGUAUAAAGAUGGCUGUGUGUGAAAUAAAAGUUCAUGCAACAGACAACACAAGAAUGGAGUUAAUCAUCCCAGGGGAACAGCAUUUCUACAUGAAAGCAGUGAAUGCAGCCGAAAGGCAAAGGUGGCUGGUAGCCCUUGGGAGUGCAAAAGCCUCUUUAGCAGAUACCAGAACAAAAAAAGAAAAAGAAAUAAGUGAGACCAAUGAAUCUCUUAAAACCAAAAUGUCCGAACUUCGUCUCUACUGUGAUCUUUUAAUGCAGCAAGUUCAUACAAUACAAGAAUUUGUUCACCGUGAUGAGACUCGCUCUCCUCCCAGCACUGAGAACAUGAAUGAAGCCUCUUCCUUGCUUAGUGCCACGUGUAAUACAUUUAUCACAACACUUGAAGAAUGUGUGAAGAUUGCUAAUGCCAAGUUCAAGCCGGAAAUGUUCCAGCUGCCUCACCCUGAUCCCUUAGUUUCUCCUGUGUCACCAUCACCUGUCCAAAUGAUGAAGCGUUCCAUUAGCCACCCCGGUCCUUGCUAUACAGAAAGGAGUAAUCACUCUGUAAAAGAACCAAUUUCAUCCCAUCACCGAUUUUCGCAGCGGCGCAGAAGAACAUACUCAGAUACAGAAUCUUACAGCGAUACUCCCUCUGAAGAUUCUCAGAGAUCUGCUCACUGUUCUAGAAGUGCUGUCAAUGGAGAUCUGGUGUCAUCAACCAUUCCUGAAGAAAAUAGAUCAGCAUCAAAGGAAGGAUCUGAACUGGAAGAGACUCUUUCAUCCUUUUCUUCCUGAAGAAACUGAAAGUAUUCAAUUUUCUAUAAAUAAUGCUAUGCAAAAGCUGCUGUAAUUAUACUGUUGUUAUAGGAAGUAGUCAUUUCCCUUUUUAGAAGGAUUUCUCUGCACUUUAUAGAAUAACAUAAAAACUAUCUUUGAAGUGUAUUUUAUCUUUAUAUAGUUUAUUUGCAAGAGUAUUUUCCUAAUAUUUCACAGUUUGAAUGUGCAUUUUUAGAACAAGUGAUGGCUUAACAGAAAAGCAUCCACAUUUGUAAAUGUAGCUCUUUUUAAAAAGUGUGAAGGUCUGACUGAUACAUUAGUAAACCUGCAGGUUCUAAACUUCAGCAAAAAUGUUUAAUUUU